CUCGCGCGGACAGCGAUGACGCAAUGUCUCGGCGCGUCUGCGCGGUGACGUCACGCGGCGGGGCGGGCGCGCAUGCGCAGUGUGCGGCUGGACGUGGCGCGGCGGCAGCUCCAUCAAGCAGACUCAAGGCCAACUCCCCUGUGGUGCUAUGGCAGGCGGCAGUGACUUCGGAAAUCCCUUGAGGAAGUUCAAGCUCGUGUUCCUGGGCGAGCAGAGCGUUGGCAAGACCUCACUCAUCACAAGGUUCAUGUACGACAGCUUCGACAACACGUACCAGGCGACCAUCGGCAUCGACUUCCUGUCCAAGACGAUGUACCUGGAGGACCGCACAGUGCGCCUACAGCUGUGGGACACGGCUGGGCAGGAGAGGUUCCGUAGCCUCAUCCCCAGCUACAUCCGCGACUCCACUGUGGCGGUCGUAGUCUACGACGUCACCAACGUCAACUCAUUCCAGCAGACGUCCAAGUGGAUCGACGACGUGCGGACCGAGCGAGGCAGCGACGUCAUCAUCAUGCUGGUGGGGAACAAGACCGACUUGGCGGACAAGAGACAGGUGUCCAUCGACGAAGGCGAGCGAAAGGCCAAGGAGCUGAACGUGAUGUUCAUCGAGACCAGCGCCAAGGCCGGCUACAACGUCAAGCAGCUCUUCCGGCGCGUGGCGGCCGCACUCCCAGGCAUGGAUGCCUCUCCGGAGAGAAGCAAGGAGGACAUGAUCGACAUCAACCUGGAGAAGCCCAAGGAGCACGUGUCCACCGAGGGCGGCUGCGCGUGCUAGAGCCCCCCCCCCCCCCCCGCGGUGGCUUCUUCACGGCGUGCCGCCCGCCGCCUCGUCUGGGCGGGGGGCGGCUGGGGAGGCGGCGAGAUGGAGGAGCCGCCCUCGCUGCCCCUGGAGCCGCCGUUGGGGCGUGACGGCUGGCACGGGGGUGGCCGCGGGCAGCCCUGGGGGUCGUGUAAAUAUAAAACUACUUGGGUGUGUGGGCGUUAGCACAAUAUCGGUUUGGGUGGACGCGCGCGGGCGGUGUGUGUGUACGCGCGUGUGUGCAUGUGUGAGUGUGUGUAUGUGCGUGUGUGUACGUGCGUGUGUGUACGUGUGUGUGCGUGUGUGUAUGUACGUGUGUGUGUGUAUGUACGU